CUAUUGUUUACGUUGGUGAAAAUAACUUCAGUAUUUUUCCUGUUGACUGUCGUCUUGCCAACGUUAAACCUGCCACAGUGCCACGUCUGAUUUACUUAAAAGUUCAGUGACUAAACAAAAGUGGAAAUCAUGAAAAUUCUGUGGGUCCUGCUGUCUUUUUCUUUCAUCACUGUUGGAGUGUUUGCACUACCCCCUGGAAACCCUCCAGUCUCUGAAAAUGGUGAAACUGGAGCGCAAAUGCCAAACGUGAGUAGAGCUGCCUCAGAAGCUGAGGCAUCUGGCAGUGCUACGGCCAAAGAGGAUGGGAAUACUACCGGGACCGAAAAAAAUGAAAACAUUCAAGAUUCGGGACAAGGUCCAAGUAAAUCUUCAGAUAGCUCACCUGGUAUGAAUAGCUCAGUAGACAUGAAAUCCUUAUCACCCAAGCCCGAAGCAAGCAGCAAUACUACAACACCUGCACUAUUGAGUGCCAUAAAAACAGAUCAAGGAAACACUGAAGUGACUCAGAAUUCUGAGGUUGCUAAAAAUUCUCCUGAAAAAGCAAAGACAGAUGUCCAAAAGAGCAAAGAACCUGAGGUACGUCAGAAGCCAGUUGCUGGAGGCCCUAGUAAAGCACCAUCAGAGACUGAGGUUCAGAAGAAUAGUACAUCAAGUGUGACAAAGUCAACAAGUGCUCCUGUUACGUCUGUCAGCAAAAAGGAGGACGAUGCAGAUAAAAAUGAUGCCCCUGCUCCAACGGAAGAGAAGAAACCAGAAGCCACCGACAGUAACGAAGGCAAAAACACUAAUGCGAAAGGUGACUCUAACGUUGCUUCUAAAGAAGAAGAUAUGGGCAACCCAGAGUCAACGGUAGCUCCCCCUGUAAAGGUAAACCAAGGCACUGAUGAUAAAGAACCCUUGGCAAAGAGCCCAGAAGUUCACAAGAGCUCAAUGGAACCCUCCUUUACAUACGAUGACGACAAUGGGGAUGGUUCUGCUGGCAUUGAAACUGACCGUACAAACGGAAGUGAGCAAGAUGACGAUCAAGGUUAUGAAGGUGAAGAUGAAUUUGAAGAUGAGAUAACCAAAGGUAUAGAAGACAGAGAAGAGGAGACACAAAAGUUAGAACAACUUGACCAUAACGGGCAGUUCACAACUGAUGCAGAUUCACAUUUCUUUGCAUAUUUCCUCACCAUUAUGGUGACGGUGAUAAUAUUCUACUUAGUUUUCCACAAUAAACAAAGGCUUUAG